AAAAUGUCUCCGGGGACAGGGACAGGAGUCAGCUGGGAACUGUAAUUGAAUGAGCCGAUAGGGAGGACAGAGUGCACUGUGCAGGGAAGACAGAACAGGCACCAUGCUGUACAGGAUCCUCCGGGGUCACCGAACCUCCGCCAGGGCGCAGAGCGAUCGCCGCUUCUCCGCCGCCCCCUGCUGUGCGAAACCGGAACCGCGGGACUACUCCCUGCCCAACCCCACCUGGAGCCCCGACACCAAGAGACUCUACGAGGAGCUGAGCCGAGACCGGAGCUGGAGGAGACUUCCCUCCUACGACUCCCACCACCGGGCCGGUAUGUCUCCAGAGGUAGACGGGAAAACUCGUCUCUUCACCAGGAACCUUGACCAGGACGGAGUCGGCUUCGAGUAUUGUAUUUUCUAUAACGAGGCGGAGAAGAGGACGCUUUGCAUAUUCCAGCCCGGGCCCUAUACAGAGGGCCCCAAAGGGUACACACACGGAGGUUGCAUCGCCGCCAUCAUAGACAUGACGGUGGGGACGGUAAUUGAAUACAGCAGCGGAGUGUCCGUGACGGCCAACCUGAACAUCAACUAUCGCAAUCCGAUUCCUCUGGGAGCUACAGUCCUCAUAGACUGCCGAGUGGAGAAGGUAGACGGCCGCAAGGUCUACAGCAGCUGUCAGGUCCGCAGUCAUGACGACGCCGUGCUGCACAACGAGGCCACCGCUUUGUUCAUCACGCCCAAGUCGGGAGGACUUAAAGCCAAACUAUAAAUUGCUGGAUAUUACAGACUUCCGGAAAUAUUCCUAAUUCCAUUGGUUGGCACCUGUACUUUUGUACUGUAGUGUAUCCUGUCUGUCACUAGAGGGCGGCAGAUCCUGUAUUGUAGGAUUCCUGGGAUACCUGCUCUUUAUAAUGUACUCACGAUCUCUCAGAGCAAUCGUUCUGUCUGCACUGGAGGAUAGCGGUCUCCGCCAUGUCGCCCCCCCCCCCUCUGGGUCCAAUAACCUCAAACAUGCCUACUACAAUAUAAACUCUAACUUGAUAUGGGUGCUGCACCGCUCCCCCGAAACCA